CUGCUUAGCAGGAGCCAUUGCCUGUGUCGUUGCUCUCGCUGCGCCUCGGGUAGGCUUUUGAAGCUUUGUAGAUUUAAUAUUCGCUGCAACAUGCCGCGUCGGCGCAGAAUUGGAGGCCUCAGUGUGGCUUUGUGCCUCGCAGCGACUGGAUGCUUCGCUUGUCAGCUGGCCUUUAGCAGGCCUUGGAUGGCCAGAAAGAGCCAGGUAGCCCGACCAGCGCAGCGAACACCCGGAAACCAACCAACAAAGGAGCCAGAAUUUCCGGAGUUCGCGCCCUCUGGGGAGUAUGCGAUGGAAACACCACUCUUCAAGCUGGAGAAGUACAAGAAGGAAGAGAGCAUGGGCCUUGCAACUGUGGCCGGUGUCUUUGUGGUACUGUCGAUCAUCAUUGGCUUCGUCGCUACCUCUUACAGGCCUCAGGUCAAUCUGCUGGAGGAGCAACCCAAACAGGAAGAGCCCAAACCCAGCGCAGGCUUGAACAGGGAAGGAAAGCCAAUUCGAAAGAUCAUGCUUGGAGGGGGGGAACCUACCCCUUACUAA